AUGACUGAAAAUAUGACACCACCAAGCAUCAGCCGCUUGAUCGACAGCCGAAGUUCAAACCUGCUCCGAGAAGCCACAGCGCUCGAACUUGAUGGAGUGAAAGUGGCCAUCUACAUCGAGUACGACGGCUUGACAAAGUGUUUCGUUACCGACGAAAACUUUCAGCCGAAUUGUAACGCGGAAAUAGACGCGAAAAUAACAAUUCGUCCAGCCCAAAUUUCGAACGAGGAAGACUUUGCCUCAUCCUCAGCAUUUGGCAGCCCUGCAUUUUCAGCGCCAAACUCGGACAUGGCCCGAGCCGAGUUGCCACUAGAAAGCGGCUCUUUUACACAAAGCAACCCUUCCAUUUGCGUUUUUGGCACCCCGGUCCUGGACAGUGUCGAGUCUCCAGAGCCGCAUUUUGCGACGCCGACACCUUGCUCUUCGGCUUUGGUGGAAUCUCCUCAACUUUGUCCCGCAUUGUCAAAAUCCGGUUCUCCAAUUCUUUCGCCACUGCCGAGUUACUGCUCCUCUGUGGAGGACGGCGACCCGGCCCAUCUCUCUCAGGACUCGACAGCAAACGCCGUGGGGCCUCCCCGCCUGCUUCCAAGUUUACUUCCUUUGCCAUGCUCGAAUUUUGGUACCCCAGAAACUAGUCCUUUUAUCCAAUUCCUGAGCACCUAUCUGGCACGCCAGUCUGAUUCUUUGGCGAACUCGACCAUCCUCGAGCGUUUGCUUGAAUCGAGCUACGCAAUUAAUGCAAUUGGCACUCUCCCGAGCGGGAGGCCUAGAAAAAGGAGGUGGAUCGAAUAA